UUCAUCGUUUUCAGGAAGUAAAUGCUGACGCCACGGAGAGAGGAGUAACGGGAGCUCUGUUUAUACAGACUUGGAGAAACAUGGAUGACUCGCUGCAGAUCGGUGAUAACGGGUUUAAUGGAUUUCAGAAGAGUACUGCAAAAAGUGGCAGGAGGGCUCGUCAGUUGGUUGACCAACUAUCUACAGAAGAAUCACGCCCUGGCGGGAAAUCCUCCUCGGGCACCUUAGCAUCUGCAGAGGGACCCCCGCUUAAGCCACCUCGCAGACAGGGGGGCUGGGCUGAGGAGACCACCGGGAUCAGCUCUGCCAAAUCUGGAAGAAGACAAGGUGCUGAGGAGGUCGAAGACCGGCGGCUGAGGCCCCAGACCCCCGAGGGCUCGGAUGAUGAGGGCGACAUUCCUGUGAUCCCAGAUCUGGAUGAGGUACAGGAAGAGGACCUUACCAUGCAAGUGGCUGCACCUCCAAGUGUUCAGGUGAACAGAGUGAUGACCUACCGGGAUCUGGACAAUGAUCUUAUGAAGUAUUCAGCAUUUCAAACCUUGGAUGGUGAGAUUGACCUGAAACUCCUGACCAAGGUUUUAGCACCAGAGCAGGAGGUCAGAGAAGAGGAUGUUGGCUGGGACUGGGAUCAUCUAUUUACAGAGGUGUCCUCCGAGCUGCAGACGGAAUGGGAUCAAGGGGAGCGAGAGGAGCAGUCUCCUCUUCCUGUGGCCUGACAAUAGAUGACUUUUACUGAAA